UUCUAGAACACAGGAAACCUCCCUUUAUGAUAUUCGCUUAUCACGCGAUUCACUCCCACAACUACUGCAACUGCUCUUCCUUUGUGAGCCUCUCUUUGCAAACAAGAGCUCAUUGAGUGGUUAAGAAUGAGACAACGAGAGCCUAUUGUUGGCUUAUCCAGUGCAAAAGCCAUGUCAGUUGCCCUAUUUUUGGUGGGCUUUGCCGCUUCUCUCUCGGCGCACUUCGUCCCUCACAUCCCAUUUGAGUCAGACGAGGCAAUGCCAUGGUACGCAGUUGACAGUGACGGAGACACAGGCGUUUGCCAAACCUCUGGUUGCAUAAAAGCCGCUGAGGCUUUGAAGGCCUCAAUUGACCCAGAUGCUGAUCCCUGUGAGGACUUCUUUGCGUUCGCCUGCGGAGGUUGGCAAAAACGAAAUCCAAUUCCAAAAACUGACAGUCAGUGGAACCAGUUCAACGUUGUGGAAAGAAAACUGGACAUUCAGCUACGAGAAAUAUUUGAGCAGGUUGAAAACACAAUUGAACCAGAGCCCGUGGUAUGGGUGAAAAAUUUCUAUCAGGCUUGCAUGGAUAUUGAAAGAAGGGAACAGCUUGGUGUGAAUCCCUUGCUGGAACUGCUUUCUUCCCUCGGUGGAUGGCCCAUUGCUCAACCUGGCUGGUCAGAGAGCGAGUUCGAUCUGCUUCAAACCCUUGGCUUUGUCACCAGGAGAACGGCGGUAACUCCUCUGGUGUCAGUUUAUGUUCACUUGGACAGGAAAAACACCAGCCGCAGCGUUGUAACUGUGGACCAAGGCAGCCUGGUGCUCCCAAGGGCGAUGUUGGCGCAGCCUGCUGUGUACAAAAAGCAACUGGCUGCUUAUGCAGAAUGGAUUGUAGGCACGGCUAAAAUUUUGGGAGCAAGUGCAAAGAGAGAGGAAUUGCUUGAACAGGCGAAGGAAAUAGUACAACUGGAGAGCCACUUGGCUGAGCUGACGGCGCCUAGUGAAGACAGAAGAGACGCAUACCGUAUGUACAACUCUCUGUCAGUGAGGCAGCUGCAAAAGUGGACAGACACAGUCGAGAGCCAAGGCCACAAAUCAGUGCUGCAGUGGGCCAAAUUGCUCAAAUCAGUUUUCCAAGAGACCAACGUUGAAAUCUCCUCAGGAGAGAGGGUGCUGGUUCGAGAAAUGGAGUACAUCCUGAAGCUAGAGGCCCUUUUGCAGAAAACACCACGCAGAACAAUAGCGAAUUAUAUGCUCUGGCGGGUUGUGAAAAAUUUAGGCAGAGACACAAGCGCGAAAAUGAGGCACCUUUCCUUCUCCUUUGACAAGAUUUUCAGCGGCGUGGUAGAAGACCAACAUUUGUGGGUGGAAUGCGUGUCGAGGGCCACUUCAGCGCUGCCUUUCGCUGCUGGGUUUCAGUACGUCAAAAAGUAUUUUGACACUGAAGCAAAAACUUCGGCGUUACACAUGGUUCAUCACAUUAGAAAAGUUUUUAUAGAAAGGGUGGGAAAUCUUGAGUGGAUGGACGACGAAACAAAAUUGGCCGCCAAAGAAAAAGCUAAAGUCAUGACCGAGUUUAUUGGCUUUCCCGACUGGUUUACCAAUUCAACAGCAUUGACAAACUACUACAAAGGGGCAAUUGUGGGAAAAGAUCAUUUUGAGAAUGUAGUGGCUAUGACGUCCCAUCAGAUCCAAAAGGUUUUCGAAAAAUUAAGGGUCCUUACAGACCGGAACGAUUGGCUAACUGGACCUGCAGUCGUUAACGCAUACUAUAACCCUCUCACAAAUUCAAUAACGUUUCCAGCAGGAAUUUUACAAGCCCCAUUCUUUGGAAAGAACGCACUGGAGGCAUUAAAUUACGGAAGCAUAGGCGUCAUAAUUGGGCACGAAAUCACGCAUGGAUUUGAUGACAUGGGGAGGCAAAACGACAUGAAUGGGAAUUUAGUGCAGUGGUGGACGCCAGAGACGGAAUACUCAUACUUGGAGAAGGCGCUGUGUAUUGUUGAGCAGUACGACCGCUUCAGGGUCCCAGAGCUCGACGAACUUCUGGCAACAAAAGCUACAAUGAAUGGAGUUAACACUCAAGGUGAAAAUAUUGCUGAUAAUGGUGGACUGGAACAAUCUUUCGAAGCGUACCAACUUUUUGUGUCUGAGAAUGGGCAGGAGCAAAAACUACCUGGCUUGGAUUACACCCCUGAGCAGAUAUUUUUCAUCGGUUACGCUUCAGUUUGGUGUGAGUCCUCCAGCCCUGAGUCGUUGUUGCACGAGGUCUUAUCUAAUCCACACUCUCCGCACCGGCACAGGGUAAACGGACCCCUUUCAAACUCGCUGCAAUUUGCGAAAAUUUGGCAGUGUAAAACAAACAGUCCUAUGAAUCCAGAAAACAAGUGUCAAGUCUGGUGAAUUGAGACAAGUUGCUGUUAGUGAACUCUUUCGAUGAGAAAUGCAAAAUUAAGAAUUUUCUUUUCAAACAAUAUAUGUCAAGAAGGUGUUUAAAAGAAAUUUAAUAAAUUAUAAUUCGUUGACUUGA